CACAAGGCCACAAUCCAUAGAACUGUGUGUGUUCCAUUCUACGAUACCCUUCUUUCUUACUCGUUCUUUAGCAGAUCUUUCUCUAUUUCAUUGGAAACAUUAGUUAAUCUUCCCUCUCUGUGUCACUCCAAACCCUAAUUUUUCAACAGGGGAGAUCGGUUGGCGAAUUCGGGGGUAUCAAUUGACCUUGCCCCUUUAACAUUCCUCUGCGACGCAUAAGGGUAUCGCUGUUUCAACAUCUCCUAAUCAACCAUGUUUAAUCGCAUUUUUGGUAAACCUAAACAGGAAGCCAAUCCUCUUACGACUUUGGAAAAGUUAUACGAGACAGUUGAAAUGUUAGAGAUAAAGGAGAAGUUGCUCGACAAAAAGGCUGCUGGAGAAGUUGAAAAAGCCAAAGAAUUCACUCGGGCAAAGAAUAAAAGGGCGGCAAUACAAUGUCUGAAAAGGAAGAGGCUAUAUGAACAACAAAUAGAGCAGCUUGUAAAUUUUCAGAUGCGUAUUCAUGACCAGAUUAUAAUGGUGGAAGGUGCCAAGGCAACCACAGACACAGUUGAUGCGUUGAGAACUGGAGCAGCUGCCAUGAAGGCUAUGCAAAAAGCAAUGAAUAUUGAUGAUGUUGACAAGACCAUGGAUGAGAUCAAUGAACAGACUGAGAACAUGAAACAAAUUCAAGAAGCAUUGUCAACUCCAAUUGGUGCAGUUGCUGAUUUUGAUGAGGAUGAAUUAGAAGCAGAACUUGAAGAGCUAGAGGGUGCUGAGUUGGAAGAACAGCUUCUUCAGCCUGCAACUACAGCUCCAGCUGCCCCAAUGCAUGUCCCAGCUGGGCGGCUACCUACUCGCCCUGUGUCUGCUAAGCCCACUCCUGAGGAAGAUGAAUUGGCAGCUUUGCAGGCUGAGAUGGCACUUUGAGCAGUUCUUAUUGACGGAGUUGCUGGCCUCUAUAAAGAGUUGUAACCACCGUGACAUGGAGAAUUCUGCCCUUCUCACACUCGCUUAUAUCUUUUUGAGUUGUUGAACAGACCAGAGGAUGUAUAUAAAGGUGAUAAAGAUUUAACAGCCCUUCAAAACUUCUACUUUCUCCUUGGAUUUUUGUCUCCCUUUUCGAGGUCGCAUUUUUUCAAGAAGUAGAAAACCCGUUUUAUACUCGUGUAGUGUCAAAUAUUGAUGCAUUUGGUUAUCUCUUUUUGUGGGGACUUUAAACAUUAUUCUUGACACUGAUCAAUGUAUAUAUCAAUCUUAUGCUAUAACGGAGAAUAAUAAAUAAAAAAUUGGU